UUAUGGACGAUAUCGUCAACAUUACAAGUUACGAUAUGGUGAAUUUUCCCGAAGAGAAUAUUACUAUAGGAAUCACAGCUGAAACCAAUGUGUCAUCCACUUCAUUAGAAUCACAAUUUGAUGGAAAUAUUUCUGGAAACAUAGCAGUUAAUGAAAAUACUCGUGUCAUGCCCAUUGAGAUCAUGGAUCCAUCUUCAAUUUUAGGACACUCGGAUAUGAUCAACACAUUAACUGUGUCGCAGAAAAAUGAAACUUUAAUAGACGUAAACUCCACCGAAAGUGUAUCUAUAGUUAUUGAGUCGACAGGAGAUAAUACCACUCAGACCUCGACAGAAAUCAAGUCGACAGAGAAAUUCUCCUCACAAAUUCCCUCCGAUUCCCCCACUCCAACAUUAAGUUCAGUGACCAACUCUUCUCUCGUUGCCAAGGAAUUGGUGACAGAGGCUGAACGAGUCAACAACUCAACCACUGAGUCGUCGAAUAUUGAAAUAAACGAAACAAUUCUUAUGACCGCCCAACCAUCUGAUACAGGUGGCGUUGAAACUACUGUUCCAUCAAACAAUUUGGAGACCACAACGGCUGAAGAAAACGGUGCUGCACUAGACGUUACAAUGAAUACAGUUACAACCACAAAUUCUGCGGCAGUAGACCUUUCAGCCUCUCCCUUCAUCCAACCAAGCGCUGAUGCUGGUCAUGUGCAAGAUUUGAGGAUGUUAUCGAAUUCAACUGACGGGUUUGAUUUAAUAAUGGACAGUACAAUAGACUCUGUCGAUAUCGGUACUGUCAGAAUAGAAACCAAUAGCACAGGUACUACUGAAGUAACAAAUAAUAUCGGCACUGUAUCAGAAAGUCUCGAUCCUCCCUCUGUUGAUGCCAUGUCAUUCAAUUCAGGAACAAGUGAACCUGUACAAAGUUCAACAGAGAGUAGUGUUACACCGGUCUCUUCAUCAACAGGGUCAUUCGAAGGUAACUCUCCAGGAAUCACAGAGACGGUCACUUUCGAAACAGCAAGAGGAACAACUCUAUCAACGGGCGUUCCUUCAAUUUCAGCUGACGCAGAAAAUAACAAUGUAGGAUCUUUGUUAUCAACAGGGACGGAGUCUGUGUCAGUGACUACGACAUCAAUGGACAAAUUGAUCAACCCUCAGAUUCAAACCACUGACCAGGUUACUUUACCAGCUGUUACAGUAACUACAACCAUGAGUAAUAGUUUACAAGCAACAAGCAAACCAACAUUUCCAAGCACCUAUUAUACAACUGUGAUAACAAACCAACCAACGGUUUUAAUCACCGAAUCUACACCCGUAAUAAACAAACCAACAGUUUCAAUCACAGAUUCUUCAUCAAUCACUGAUUCUACAUCAGUAAUACCAGACAAACCAACAAUUCCAAUUACUGAUUCUACACUGGUAAUAACAAACAAAUCUACAGCUCCAAUCACUGAUUCUGCACCUGUUAUAAACAAACCAACAGUUCCUAUCACUGAUUCCGCACCUAUUGUAACUACAGACAGUGUUUUGCCUCCUAUCCUUAUAAAAUCAGUCUCAGCUGAAACUGACGAUCAAACCUCAACCCAAUACCAAAUAGAGUCAACAAGUAAUAGUAACAAAGAUACGAUGGUUAAUGUAGAGGUGACAUCAGAAGUAACGGGAACAAAAUCCAACUUAGAAGCUACUACAGAAACAAGUCAACAGCUGAAGUCAACUAGCAACGGGCCCCUGGAAUCAACGACAGAGUCGAGUGCGUCAUCGUUAUUAUCUACAACACUAAAGGGGGCUUUAAGUAUUGACUCCGAAAAUAAUUCAAUAGUUUCUAGACCUGAAGCAGCCUCUUUAAUUGUGGAAUCAACGGCAAAUGCCGGUGAAACAAGGAAAACAACAGAGAAAAACACAGUAGUGAUGUCGGUGGAGUUACCUGGUAUCGAUACAGAGACAACUCAACCAGUCACAGCUACAAGUAAGAUGACAACAGCACAGUCAACAACAGACAACAAAGUAGAAAUAACUGGCGCAAUGACAAGUAGAUUGACAACCAAGGUCGAGACCACAGUUCCAAUGAUAAAUGAUCCAAUAACAACAACAACAACAACAGCAACAACAACAACCCAGGCCCCCUCUACAACAACAGUAAGCACGACGCCGAGACCUUGUCCAGUUUACCAGUCAAAGUAUAACCGAAACGACCUUAUAGUAUCCACUGAUCCCGAGGGCUGUGUCAUGAUUGCUAAGAUUGUGGACCUUCGAGGUCGCUUCAGAGGACCUAACAGAAUGAUCUGGAGGAAAAUGCACGCAGGACUUCGCGGACUGCGGUACCCCAGUGUCUCAUUUACGUACAAUGGUUCAGAGGACACGGAGGAUAAGUGUCAGAUGCCGGUAAAAUCUGUGGGACCUUAUAUUGUAGUGGACACCAUUCUGGGACGUUGUCAAAUGGUGGUUGGUCUGAGGAGCGUGCGGGCACCUGUUAAUACGCCAGGAAAGAAGGGACAACAGCAGCGGAGGUUUAGAUUUCGGUUGGUCAUGCGUCCAGUGCUGGAGUACCUAGAGACCAAUCUACUGUGACGUGGUGAUGUGGUGUACAAUUAGAGGAGGAU